AAGUCGGUAAUCUACACGGCACAGGAUGAUCCACAGCAUCUUUAACAAUUGACCAUUGCGAUCGUGUUGUUUACAAACGGCAAUUCGGACUCUUAUACUUGACAGUUGCAAGUCGAGUCGGUCGUUCGCCGUUUCGGAGUUUCCCGCAGCUAUAGCUUUCAGUAUUUGGUAUACCUCUUCAAUCGAUCGUGUAUUACCGAUCAUGGACAUGCAACUUGCGAAUUCGGGCCCUCUGAGUCCUGCCAGGCAGAGGUUGGAGAGCCAUGAUCCUGUUGAUCGUAUCCGGACAAUCGACUGUAAUGACCCAAGCACCGGCCAGCCCAUCACCGCUACUCACUAUUCCCAACCUCCUCAAACCGAGCACGACCAAUACUUCCGCAACCAGGACGAGAUGACUGGUUAUGUCAUUCGUCAGUGUUCUAAGAAGAGGUGGAAUAUGCCGGUGGAUAAUGGGGAGAUCCUAUUCCUCGACACUCGGCGUUUGCCGCAGAGUGAGUACGGUACGAGAAUGUAUGUGCUGUACUUGAAGUUACAGGCGCAGAUGAGGGAGGAGUCCAAGGUCGAUGCCCUGAUGGACGAGAUCGAGGGCACUUUGAGGGUGGGAUGAAGUCCCUGGAGCGGCUAUCUCGUGUCAGGGCGUAUGCC